GUCAGCACUCCCCAAAGCUCUAGCCUUACCCACUUCUGUUCCUCCAACUGAAAAAACCACCACCACAGGUUCCCCCUCCACCACGACCACGGCCACCUCCACCACCACUAUGGCCGCCGCCGCCGCCACUGCCACCGCCGCCAUAAGCUCGUCCUUCACCUCGAUCCACGGCCCCCUUAGAGAAUGCAUCACAAGGUCCAGGAACUGCCCGUCGUUUGCCCACCAAAGAAUCUUGCCACUCCAAGUCACCCCCAUAGCAGCAUCGCUGUCAAACGGCCACUUGAGUGAACCGAUCUCCAUUCGGUUUGUCUCCCGGAAGUGGCGGAUCCUGAGGGUAUCGGCUGCGGUGGCAGAGGAAGAAGCGGCUACCACCACAGCUGAGGCAGAGGCAGAGGUCGCGGAUGAGGCUGGGUCGGCUGAGCCUGAGAACACUGUGAGCACUAAGCUUUACUUUGGGAAUCUGCCCUACAAUGUGGACAGUGCUCAAUUGGCUGGUAUCAUUCAACCGUACGCGAGUCCCGAGCUUGUCGAGGUCCUUUACCAUCGGGAGACUGGCAGAAGCAGAGGCUUUGCAUUCGUGACAAUGAGCAGUGUCGAAGAUUGUUAUGCCGUUAUUGAGAAUCUUGACGGGAGUGAGUACCUUGGGAGAACAUUGAGGGUGAAUUUCUCGGACAAACCUAAGCCGAAAGAGCCUCUUUACCCGGAGACCGACCACAAGCUCUUCGUUGGGAACCUUUCCUGGUCUGUCACGUCAGAAAGUCUGACAAAAGCUUUCCAGGAAUACGGGAAUGUGGUUGGAGCGAGAGUUCUGUAUGACGGGGAGACGGGACGGUCCCGUGGUUACGGUUUUGUGUGCUAUGAGACAAGGUCAGAGAUGGAAACGGCCCUCGAGUCUUUAAAUGGAGUGGAGCUGGAAGGGCGGGCAAUGAGGGUGAGUCUAGCCCAAGGAAAGCAAUCGUAGAGCGAAACUCUGAAGUAUGGAUCAUUCUGGGGAAGGUGUCGAUGAGGUCGGCAAAAAUAAAAAAUUGAGUACAUGAUAUCACAAUCAAAAAGGGUCAUCGACUCGUCGUACCCUGCUAAUAGAAUUUUCGUCGACUUGCUCCAGCUUAAUUCUUGUACGUUCACCUACAAAGAUAUUGUUCAUUAUCAGAGCAAAUUGAGAUAAUUACUGAGCUUCCGAAUCCAUGUUUCUUUGAUUGAUGAAUAUGCUGUAAGCAUUUCCAUAAAAUCUGGAACAUUGAGUUUGUUUCUGAUC